GCUCCGCGCCGCGGCUGCCCUGACCUGGCCGCGACCUCCCUCGGCGGGCCCAGCCGCCCGGACCUCUGGGGUGUUCCCCAAACACGGCCCAACCCCGCCACACCCCCCGCCCCCGGCCUCCGCAGCUCAACAUGGGCGCGGGGGUGCUCGCCCUGGGCGCCUCGGAGCCCUGCAACCUGUCAUCGGCCGCGCCUCUCCCCGACGGCGCGGCCACCGCGGCGAGACUGCUGGUGCCCGCGUCGCCGCCCGCCUCGCUGCUGCCCCCGGCCAGCGAGGGCCCCGCGCCGCUGUCGCAGCAGUGGACGGCCGGCAUGGGCCUGCUGAUGGCGCUCAUCGUGCUGCUCAUCGUGGCGGGCAACGUGCUGGUGAUCGUGGCCAUCGCCAAGACGCCGCGGCUGCAGACGCUCACCAACCUCUUCAUCAUUUCCCUGGCCAGCGCCGACCUGGUCAUGGGGCUGCUGGUGGUGCCCUUCGGGGCCACCCUCGUGGUGUGGGGCCGGUGGGAGUACGGCUCCUUCUUCUGCGAGCUCUGGACCUCGGUGGACGUGCUGUGCGUGACGGCCAGCAUCGAGACCCUGUGCGUCAUCGCCCUGGACCGCUACCUCGCCAUCACCUCGCCCUUCCGCUACCAGAGCUUGCUGACCCGCGCGCGGGCGCGGGCCCUCGUGUGCACCGUGUGGGCCAUCUCGGCCCUGGUGUCCUUCCUGCCCAUCCUCAUGCACUGGUGGCGGGCCGAGGGCGACGAGGCGCGCCGCUGCUACAACGACCCCAAGUGCUGCGACUUCGUCACGAACCGGGCCUACGCCAUCGCCUCGUCCGUGGUCUCCUUCUACCUGCCCCUGUGCAUCAUGGCUUUCGUGUACCUGCGGGUGUUCCGCGAGGCCCAGAAGCAGGUGAAGAAGAUCGACAGCUGCGAGCGCCGCUUCCUCGGCGGCCCCGCGCGGCCGGCCUCGCCCGCACCCUCCCCGGGGACCCCGCGCCCCGCCGCCCCGCCGGACCCCGGGCGCACCAGCAAGCGGCGGCCCUCGCGCCUCGUGGCCCUGCGCGAGCAAAAGGCGCUCAAGACGCUGGGCAUCAUCAUGGGCGUGUUCACGCUCUGCUGGCUGCCCUUCUUCCUGGCCAACGUGGUGAAGGCCUUCCACGCCGACCUGGUGCCCGACGGCCUGUUCGUCUUCUUCAACUGGCUGGGCUACGCCAACUCGGCCUUCAACCCCAUCAUCUACUGCCGCAGCCCCGACUUCCGCAAGGCCUUCCAGCACCUGCUGUGCUGCGCGCGCCGGGCCGCCCGCGGGCGCCACGCGGCCCCCCGCGAUCGCUCGCGCGCCUCGGGCUGCCUGGCGGUGGCCGGGCCCACGCCGUCGCCCGGGGCCGCCUCCGACGACGAGGAGGAGGACGACGACGUCGGGGCCGCGCCGCCCGGCCGGCUGCUGGAGCCCUGGGCCGGCUGCAACGGCGGGGCGGCGGCGGACAGCGACUCGAGCCUGGACGAGCCGAGCCCCGGCUGCACCUCGGAAUCCAAGGUGUAGGGCCCGGCGCCGCCUCCCGCCGCCCCGCCGGGACGCGCGGGCUCUGCGCGCCGGGACGGAGCCGGUCCGGCGCCCUGAAUGGCUUCCCAGGGGAAAGAGAUGUGUGUUUACUCAAGACCUGCAGCAG